UCAAGAUGGUCAAACUUGUGAAGAAAGUCAAGUGUGUCAAUUAUUUUAGAAUAGAGAAAAUACUUGUGAUUAUAAACUAAUGCUCGAAGUUGUGUGUUACACACAAUCUAAUCAAGAAGGUAAUUUGGUAGUUUCAUACUUUCAUAGUUUGGUUACUUUGGUAUUGUUCAUUGUUUGUGCAAUUAUGCCUCUUGAUAAAGAAAAUUAAUUCAUGUGCUUAACCUUGAACAAGAAGUGCCCACUCUAGAGCUUAGACAAAAGUGAGCACAUCUCACAUUCUCACUUCCCAUAAAAUCCCAUUCAUACCCUCAACCCAGUUUCCUCUCUCCUCUUUGACUCCCCAACAAUGGCAGCAACCCAUUUACAGCUUCAUUUGGCGGCGCCAUUAAAACCCCGAAUUCAUCUUCAUAAAGCUAAAACCUUUGCUACAAUUAACCCCACAAAAUUCCCAACUGUGCGAUGUUCUGCUGCUGCUGCAACGCCCACCAAAAGAAGCUACAACAUCACUCUUCUUCCUGGUGAUGGCAUUGGCCCUGAAAUUAUCUCUAUUUCUAAAGAUGUUCUUCAAUUAGCCGCAUCUCUUGAAGGGAUUGAGAUCAAGUACCAAGAGAUGCCUGUUGGUGGCUCUGCUUUUGAUCUCGCCGGAGUUCCAUUGCCAGAGGAGACCCUUGCAGCAGCAAAACAAUCUGAUGCUGUUCUUCUUGGAGCUAUUGGAGGGUAUAAAUGGGACAAACUUGAAAAGAAGUUGAAGCCAGAGACCGGCUUGCUUCAGCUUCGAGCAGGUCUUGACGUGUUUGCAAAUUUAAGGCCAGCUACUGUCUUGCCUCAGUUGAUCGAUUGUACAACAUUGAAGAGAGAGGUAGCUGAAGGUGUUGAUCUAAUGGUGGUGAGGGAGCUUACUGCUGGUAUUUAUUUUGGGGAGCCUAGGGGUUUUGGUGUGAAUGAAAAGGGAGAGGAGAUUGGUUUCAAUACUGAGGUCUAUUCUGUUUCUCAGAUUGACCGUAUUGCUCGUGUUGCUUUUGAGACUGCUAGAAAGAGGCGUGGGAAACUGUGCUCUGUUGAUAAAGCCAAUGUUCUAGAGGCAUCUAUGCUUUGGAGGAAAAGAGUUACGGAUAUGGCAGCAGACUACCCUGAUGUUGAGCUUUCACAUAUGUAUAUUGAUAAUGCAGCAAUGCAACUUAUUCGUGAUCCCAAACAGUUUGACACUAUUUUAACCAACAACAUAUUUGGUGAUAUAUUAUCUGACGAGGCUUCAAUGAUUAGUGGGAGUAUUGGAAUGCUUCCUUCUGCAAGCAUAGGUCAAUCGGGACCUGGACUUUUUGAACCUAUACACGGCUCUGCUCCUGACAUUGCCGGACAGGACAAGGCAAAUCCAUUGGCAACGAUCUUAAGUGCUGCAAUGCUUUUGCGAUAUGGUCUUGGGGAAAGCAAGGCCGCAGAAAGGAUUGAGGCAGCUGUUAUGGAGACCCUAAAUAGGGGAUUCCGAACUGGUGACAUAUACUCAGCUGGAAAUAAAUUAGUUGGAUGCAAUGAGAUGGGUGAACAGGUGAUGAAGUCAGUAGACUCUCCAAUUCCUGCUGCUGUUUGAGUCUGCAUUUUCGCAUGAAAGCCCAGUGGCUGAUAUUGGACAGUAGCUCCCUCCAAGUACUGAGGGCAUAAAAUCCUGACAAUUCAUUCAUGUGGAGGAUGAUCGAGAAACUGACUCACAAUUUUGCGUAGCAUGCUAUGAUAUGUGGUAGGUUAUUUCCAAUUUGGGAAUAACAGAUUUGCACUGUAAUUUCUGAUCUAUAUUAAGAAUAAUACUGUUAACUCAAAGCCGUAGCAAAAUGUGGCAUUCAAUGUAACCAAUUCUUCUGUCUUGUUAACUGUGAGGCAACUGAUAGAGGAUGAAAUAAAUAGGGGCCCUGGGUCUAUAUUUAAUGGGGCUGCAA